UCAAUUAACAUACAUAUCAUCUGCAUCCCGUACACAAUGUCUGCUGAACAAGAAAAGAUUAUUCGUCCCAUUGCAAAUUUCCCUCCUUGUAUAUGGGGUGAUCAGUUUCUUGUGUAUGACCAGAUGAAGCAAGAAGAGAAAAAUGCAACUGAACAAGUUGUAGAAGAACUGAAACAUGAAGUGAGGAAAACAUUUGCAAAUUUGUAUGUUGAGGCGGAACAUGCAAAUUUGUUAAAACUUGUAGACUCAAUCCAACGCCUUGGCAUAGGAUAUUACUUUGAGGAGGAGAUUGAUAAAGCUUUGCAACAUGUUUAUGAUGCUUAUGGAGAUAAAUGGAAUGGUGGAUGCAUUUCCCUUUGGUUUCGACUCAUGCGACAAAAAGGCUUCUUCGUCUCAUGUGAUAUUAUGAAUAACUACAAGGACAAUGAUGGAGCUUUUAAGGAGAAGUUUGCGAAUGAUGUUGAAGAAAUGCUUAACCUGUAUGAGGCAACCUUUUUAAGAGUACCUGGGGAAGUCAUACUUGAAGAUGCUCUUACUUUUACAAGAGCUCGUCUUGAUAACAUGGCCAAAGAUCCUGAGUGCUUUAACAAUAUGUUUUCUACCGAAAUACAAAGAGCACUAAAACAACCUAUACGGAAAAGAUUGCCAAGACUAGAGGCGAUACACUAUAUACCUUUCUACCAACAACAAGCAUCUCAUAACAAGUCUUUACUAAAACUUGCUAAGUUAGGGUUUGAGUUGCUUCAGUUGUUGCAUAAGAAGGAGCUUAGCCAACUUUCCAAGUGGUGGAAAGCUUUUGAUGUCCCAAAGAAUUACCCCUAUGCAAGAAAUAGAUUGGUAGAAUGCUACUUUUGGGCGCAAGGUGUGUACUUUGAGCCUGAAUAUUCCCAAUCUAGAAUUUUCUUGGCGAAAACUCUUGCAGUGGCAACUAUACUGGAUGAUACGUAUGAUGCUUAUGGUAUCUAUGAGGAGCUUAUGAUCCUUACUGAAGCAAUCGAAAGGUGGUCGACUGAAUGCUUGGAUAUGCUUCCGGAAUACAUGAAACAAGUAUACCAAAUGGUUCUAGAUCUUGACAAUGACAUGGAGGAAUUCAUGUCAAAGAAUGGAAAAGCACAUCAUCUCAUCUAUUGGAAAGAGGCCAUGAAGGAAUACAUAGGAAGCUACAUGGCUGAAGCCAAAUGGAGAAAGGAAGGGUAUACACCAACCCCGGAGGAGCACACAUCAGUUGCAUUGAUUAGUUGUGGCUACAAAUUCCUUCUAAUAACAAGUUUAGUUGGCAUGGGUGAUAUAAUCACAGAUGAGUCAUUCAAAUGGGCUCUAGCUUUUCCACCUCUUGUUAAAGCUUCUUGUACACUUUGUAGGUUCCAGGAUGAUAUAGUCACCCACAAGGAGGAGCAAGAAAGAAAUCAUGUUGCAUCCAGCGUCGAAUGCUACGUUAAGGAAUUUGAUUUCUCAGAGGAACAUGUCAUUGAUUUGUUCAUCAAAAAGGUUGAAAGUGCAUGGGCUGAUAUGAAUCUGGAAUCACUUGUGUGCAAAGACGUUCCCAUGCCUUUAAUUAUGCGAGUGAUUAAUUUCGCCCGGGUAAUCGAGGUCUUAUACAAGUAUCAAGAUAAUUUCACACAUGUCAAGGAAGAACUACAAUAUCAUGUCAAAUCUCUUCUCAUUGACUCUAUGAGUAAAUGAUCUAAGUCCUAAUAUUCUUCAUGGUGUCAUACUAAAAAUAAUUCAAAAUAAAACCCAUCAUCUUGAACAUGUUUCAACGAAUGUGAAGAUUUCAAUAUUUGUAUUUCAGUGUUUGAGUACUUAUGUUUGUUUAAUUAAUAUUGUUAAUUUAAUGUGUGUUCAA